ACCGCGUCGGACGUGUACGCUCAAGUCAGUCGUAGUGCCAAAACCGUGUCCACGAAGUGGUGUUACACCCGGGGCCUGUAAUGGCAAAAGGUUGCACGCUGCUGCCGUCGUGUGUCGUCGUACUGCACCCUAAAAGGAUUAGCACCAGUUACAGUGGAUGCCGCAACUGGCACAGUUGUUGUACGGUCGUAAACAACGGAAUCGUAACACUCUGAUUCUUCGCGAACGGAUCGGAAGCGGCACGGUUAAGCUCGGCGGUGUGUGUUACGUGCACAGGCCCGGCAGGCAAUCUGCAGGUGAAGGCAGCCGAACAGAUGUGUUCAACCGGCGAGAUGGCACAGAGUCAGCAGCACUUUCUGAAGCCGGAGCUUAUGCUCAACCGGGACGACAGCAUCCUGAUGACGGACCGCGGCGAUAAACCCAACUGGCGCCGGUUCCUGGAGGACAAUAAACUUAUCCUGGUUACCCUCAGUGGAGUGUUACUGGGCGUAAUCAUAGGAUUCACGCUUCGACCGUUGGCUUUGUCCAACGAUUCGGUGAUGCUGAUCGCGUAUCCGGGCGAGCUGUUCAUGCGCGUCUUGAAGCUGAUGAUUCUUCCACUGGUCAUUGCUAGUCUAAUUAGCGGAUCUUCCAGUUUGAAUGCUAAGCUGAACGGAAAAAUAGCACUCCGGACGUUCGUGUACUUUCUGGUUACAUCGCUGCUGAACGCAGUCCUAGGCACCGCCCUGGCACUGAUGAUUCAUCCGGGAAAUCCCAACCUGGAGCAGGUUGUCACCGGAGCCUCUCACGUCACAGCCACAGCCAAGUCGGUCAGCCUGAUGGACAGUAUUCUCGAUCUGGGACGAAACAUUUUUCCGGACAACAUCUUCCAAGCGGCGCUCCAGCAAGCCCACACGGUGUAUGUUCCCAACAAGGAAGGACAUCCGCUGGUAUCGAACGAGAGCGACGCUCUCACGACAGCAGCUUCCCCGGUGAUAGAGUGGCCGGAGCAGAAGGUGGAGUGGACCAGAAUCGUGGAGUACCGCCCGGGGACCAACUCGCUCGGGAUAGUGUUUUUCUGUCUAGUUUUCGGGACACUGCUCGGGACGAUCGGCAGCCGCGGUUACGUGGUGGUGCAGUUCUUUUCGGCCAUCUUCGAGGUGAUCAUGAAGAUGGUAACGGGCGUCAUGUGGUUAACGCCCGUCGGCAUUAGCAGUUUGAUUGCGGGCAAAAUCCUCAGCGUGAACGAUAUCGCGUUCGUGAUGACGCAGCUGGCGUGGUUCAUCUUCACGAUCGCCCUCGGUGUGUUUCUCUAUCAGUGGAUAAUCCUGCAGGCGAUCUACUUUGUGUUUCUCCGCAAAAACCCGUUCAAGUUCUACCUGGGCCUGAUCCAACCGAUACUCACCGGCUUUGCGACGGCGUCCACAGCGGCCGCCCUGCCCCUGACGUUCCGCUGCAUGAACGAGCGGCUAAAGAUCGACUCGCGCAUCACACGCUUCGUGCUGCCGAUCGGAUGCAACAUCAACAUGGACGGGACGGCUCUCUUCAUAUCGGUUGCAUCGAUCUUUGUGGCCCAGAUGAGCAAUAUGGCGCUCAACGUUGGCCAGGUGGUGACGGUGAUCCUUACGUCGACCGCUGCCUCCAUGAGCUCGGCCAGCAUUCCCUCGGCGGCCUUGGUGCUGCUGCUGAUUGCACUGUCUGCGAUCGACGCACCGAUCAACAACGCCACGAUCCUGUUUGCCGUCGAUUGGUUCGUUGAUCGUAUACGAACAACAAACAAUCUGCUUGGUGACUGUUAUGCCGCGGCGAUCGUUGAGUAUCUGUCCCGACACGAGCUGCAGAGGUCGGACAUCGAUGCGUACUACAAGGACGACGACGUGACGUCGGACGAUGUGCAGUGCGAGCAAGGGCUGAAUGGCAAACGGAAGACAUCGUUUCCCAAUUCCGUCAUCCUUAACGUAGAAGUGUCCACUCCCGUUUCCAACCCGUAGGCGAUCGGCGCCGGUGCCACAGUUAAAUAGU